UUACCGACCAACUCUCCUUCUCUUCCUGAUUUCAUUUCUCUCUCUCUCUCUCAACAACGAACUUACCCGUUUAAAAGCCGCCAAAAAAAAAUCAUCAAAUUUCAUUUUACAUUUAAAUCUUGGGAUCUUCGCUUCUUUUUCCUCUCGAAAAUCAUUAAGUUUGCUGCUUUGGCCAUCGGUAAGUGAUCGAAUCCCUUAAUUCAAUUUCUCUUCUUAAUUCCACGGCUGGGGUUUCAUAGCUCCUUUUGUUGAAAACCCUAGUCUAAUUCCACUUUCUAGGAAAUUUGGAGUAGUUUCUCAAUGAGGAAUCAUUGUCUCUAUGCUCCGAAAAAUCCCAAAUUUCGUGGAAUUUUCAAUGGAUUAUCUGCUUUGAUUCUGAUUUUCCUAUUCUACACCCGGGUUGAUUUCUUAAGAAACCCUCAUAUUCGCCAGUCGUCUCGGCUUAUUAACCAUGUGACUCAAGGACCUGGUUUCACUGAUGGGUAUGAUCAUUUUAGUGUUAUUCGUAGAAAAAUUAGUGAACUUGAUGCAAAUUCAUCAACUUUAGCCGAUAAGAAUGCUCAAGAGAAUGAUUUGAACGUAAGCUCGAGCAACCCCGCUUUGUGUUAUGGAUUGUUAGAUCAUAUGGGUUUUGCUAAUCCAUGUGAAUUCUUGAAAGCUCAUCCCCAAUGUUCUUCGGAUGGAUUCUUUGAUUACAUUAAGUUUUUCUAUUGUGGUUGCGGAGAAUUUAGGAUAGCGGGGUAUGUGGUAUUGGGUGUUUGGCUUGCUGCUUUGUUUUAUCUGUUAGGCAACACGGCAGCAGAUUACUUUUGUUGUUCAUUGGAGAAGCUUUCACAUCUGCUUAGGUUGCCUCCAACUGUUGCUGGGGUUUCACUCCUUCCACUGGGAAAUGGGGCACCGGAUGUGUUUGCCAGUAUAGCUGCAUUUUUGGGGACAGAUACAGGUGAAGUGGGUCUUAAUAGUGUGUUGGGUGGUGCAGUUUUUGUUACUUGCGUUGUUGUAGGGACUGUCUCCCUCUGUGUAGCAGAGAAGAGGAUCCAGAUUGAUACACGAUGCUUUAUUAGAGAUAUCUGUUUCUUCCUGUUUACACUCAUCUCGCUUAUGAUGAUGUUGAUCAUUGGUAAGGUGAGUGUUGCUGGUGCCAUUGCAUUUGUCAUGAUAUAUGUGAUAUAUGCAUUUUCUGUGGCUGCAAAUGAGCUUUUGAGAAAACAUGCACGGGGGUUGAAACUGGAUGUUGUUACACCUUUGCUUCCCGUACAUGGAAGUCCAUUUUUACAAGGAAGCGAAGAGGAGACGUUUGCUUAUAGUUCUCUGCUUGAAAUGGACACAGAAAAUGAGCCACCCCAACUCCCUAGUUCCCUUCCACAGUGGAUGUGGGCUUCAAAUGUUGCCAUAUAUUCAAAUAACUUCAUGAAGAUCAAUUCAGCCGAUGAAGAAAGGCCUCCAUGGGGUUGGACAGAAAAGGGCAUGGAAACUAAUGGCUCGUCAUUCUCAUGUUCCAAGUUAAUUUCUCUCCUCGAGUUGCCACUGACAGUUCCAAGGCGACUAACAAUUCCUGUAGUUGAGCAGGAAUCAUGGUCAAAACCAUAUGCUGUAGCUAGUGCUUCAUUGGCUCCUGUUCUAAUGGCUUUUCUGUGGAAUAGCCAGGGUGAUGUGGGCUCUCACACUCGAGUUGUUGCAUGGUGUAUUGGUGUUGCAGUUGGUUGCAUUCUUGGUAUCCUUGCACAUAAGCAUACAUUAUCUGAUCAUCCACCUCAGAGGUUUUUAAUUCCUUGGGUACUGGGUGGCUUUUUUAUGAGCAUUGUGUGGUUUUAUAUUAUCGCUAAUGAGCUUGUUGCUCUAUUGGUAACAUUUGGUGUAAUUUUUGGAAUUAAUCCAUCCAUUCUUGGAGUAACUAUUCUGGCAUGGGGCAAUUCAAUGGGUGAUUUGGUUUCAAAUGUUGCACUAGCAAUGAAUGGUGAUGAUGGCGUGCAGAUUGCCUUUUCUGGCUGCUAUGCAGGUCCCAUGUUCAACACACUUGUUGGCUUGGGUAUCUCCAUGCUGCUCGGAGCUUGGUCAAAGAGUCCUUCUCCAUACUUGAUUCCAGUAGAUAGCAGCUUGUUCUUUACCAUAGGGUUCCUCAUGUCAGGACUAAUCUGGGCACUUAUAGUUUUGCCUCGGAGCGACAUGCGGCCUAGCAAGAUUUUAGGAGCAGGUCUUAUAAUGCUCUAUGUGAUAUUUCUUUCUCUCAGGUUGAGCAGUGCUGUGGGAUUUGUAUCAGUUGGUGGUUUGAGUUGAAUUUUGUUUUGGUUGUAAAUAGAAGGACCACGUACUACCAACAUGUUAGAAAAGAUGGUGAGAUUGAAUCACUUAUCAAUGUCCCAGUUUCCUACAACCAUUGACCGUCAUGUUUCUAUGGAAGACAAAGGUAUUGUUAUAUCUCUGGACACAACAACUGCAGGCGAACGCAACAGAUGUGAGUCAUGUGACCUAGCUGAAUUCAUCGUGUCCCAGUAUUUGCUGGAAAAAUCUGUCAUCGAGUUAAAACUGUAUUUGAUGUUCUAGUAAUUGUAGGAAAAUGUCCCUCUCCCCCUUCUCUUGAGCUGAGUCAUGUUUAUUGUUCCCAUUGCUCGUUCUUUCACUUGAUAAACCGAUUUAAUGGUUGUGCAAGGAAAGAGGCAAGAUUGUGCUUCAACUAGCCCGUGUAGAGUGAAUAUAUUUACUGAUAUACUGGGAGCUGCUCCUCGCAUGUAUCCUCUGUUGAGAGAGUCAGGUAUUUAAGUAUUUAGUGCAUAAAUUUCUUGUAAUAGAAUGAAAAUUGACUGUCUCUCGUA